GGUUCCCAUAAUGCCUUGUUUUCUUUGGAGUCUAAGGUGCUUACAAAUGGGAGAACUUCCUGGAGCUGACUUCCCAGGUAUUGAUCCGGUGUCUGCUUUGCUGAAUCAAUCUCCCGAGGGAUAAAUUCCACGGAAAUCCUUGAAGCCUGGAGUAAACAAGACCCCGCCCAGCCCAACCAGAGGAAGCUGUAGUGAAAGCUUUAUUCCGGAACCCAGCGCCAUUUCCCCGCUCUCUGGGUGCGGCUGUUUUCUUCACCGGUGUGCCAUAAGACUGUGCUUGAGACCGGGGAGGGCAAUGGAGGCCACUUCUCCGAGUUCAGAGCCUCUGGACCCGGUGGGGCGCCUUGAAGUUUUGUGCCUCAGAGGAGUCCUGCUGGCCGUACUGCUGCUGUUCUUGCUGCCAUUUACUUUGGGUCAGUGCCCUGCCCCAUCACCGUUAUCUUUUGCCAAACCUUUAAAGCAAAUUCGUGGAUCCGUGUUUCCCAUUGGAACAGCUUUGCCGUAUCAAUGUCUCCCAGGAUAUGUCGGGAGGUGGUUCUCAAUCAUCUGCCAACAAGACUCAACCUGGACAAGUGCUGAAGAUAAGUGUAUACGUAAAAGAUGUAGAACUCUUCCAGAUCCUCUGAACGGCUUGGUACAUGUAUACACAGGCACUGAAUUUGGAGCCUAUAUUAAUUUUACUUGUAUUGAAGGGUGA